AGUGCGCAGCGCGGUGAUCGCCGAUGCGCUAUGUCCCUCAGACACAGCGGAUCAUGGAAAGAGCCGAAAAUGGGACAUGUACACUGAUCAUUAGGGCACUGAUGAUCAGUGUGCCCUGAUGAUCAGUGUAGCCCCAGCAGUGCCACCUGUCAGAGUCCAUCAGUGCCAGCUGUCAGUGCCUCGUGCCAGUGCCCAUCAAUGCCACAUAUCAGUGCCCAUCUGAGCUGCUUUUCAGUGUCACCCAUCAGUGCCAGUCAGUGCCACCUAUCAAUGCUAAUCAGUGCCGCCUAUCAGUGCCAGUCAGUGCCGCCUAUCAGUGCCAGUAAGUGCUGCCUAUUAGUGCCAGUCAGUGCCGCCUAUCAGUGCCAUGUAUCAGUG